CAUAAUACUAGUACAUACAGUCACACCAGGCGUUACCAACCGGUCGGAAAAGCGCUCCCACAAAAUCUGCAUUUAGUAUUGGUUUCCUCUCCUAAAUCGUGUUUAAGGGGAAGUGAUUUCGCGCUGCUUGGAUCUUUGUGUGUUUCAAUUGGGUUUUUGCGGCACAAACUUCUUUCCAAUGGUUGGUUCCCCGAAAAAGCAUGGCAGCCGAAAGAGGUUUUGGAGGAGCGCAGGGGGCUGAAGCGGCUGGGAAUGCAUCUCGUCGGGACCCACCCUGGUAUGGUUUCUCAGGUCUUCAUUUCUUGCCUGCGUUAAUUGGAUCGAGUUGGUUCCAGAUUGGCUGCCUCCUUAAAAAAACCUAGAAAAGUUCUCUGUAAUUGUGAUUUUUGCUGAUCACAAAAGUGUAUAUCCUGCAAUUGGAGUAGGGUAGAAUCCAACAGGCCUGUUUGAACAGGAAUAGUGGACACAGAACUUAUGUCUUCAGAUGACUACUGAGUGGGAACGUAACUGAAGGAUUUGCAUUGUAGUUUCCUACUAGAGUCUAUUCUAUAGUCUAUACCCAUAUGUUUUUUAAAUUUAGUUGCACAGACAAAAUAAUCUUUAGAAGAUGUCUAAUUCGGUUUGUUCUGCAACAAAACUUUUUAACUUGUCCUGUUUUUCAGUGUAACUUCGAAAUGAUAUGUUGAACCGCAAUAGAGCAUAGAAAACUGAUGAUGGAUGGUAAAGCUGCAGCACCAUUUUUAUAUGGACAAGGUGGAUUUGUAUCUGAAGGUGUAUCAGGAUUCUGUUCACCUGUUGUUGGAGGUGAUGGAUUAGACUCUAGAGGUGGUAGGGAGUUGCUAUAUGUCGGUGGAGGAAUGGACUCUAAAGGCGGCGGGGAGUAGCUGUAUGGUGGUGGAUAUGGAUUGGACUCGACAGGAGGCGGAGAGUUUGAGUUAAAAGGCAGCCUAUCAUAAGAGGCCUGAAAUCCUCUUAUGUUUUUGGAGUAAAUUAUAUAUUUCUUUUCUAUAGGUUCAUAACAUGGCUAGCUAUAAGAAUGCUGAAAUGCUUCAAGAUUGGCAGGCAUAUCUUUUUCCUUAUAUUCAUGUUUCCAUCACUCUAAGAAUCAUAAACACCUAAAUAAACCAACUAAUUACAGAGACUCCUUUUUUUAUACCAGGGUAUUUGUUUUGUGGUUAAAUAUGGAUUCAUAUUAUCGAUGAAAAAGAAGAUAAUGAAAAUAAAUUAUAAAAAAAAUCGAAUAUAUAUUUAAAUAAUUCAAGAGCGGAUUCAGAAUAUCCCAUUCCGAACCCAAUUAGGUAAAUUCGCAUGAAUAAACUACUCAUCCAUGAUACCAUUUUUAUCACUUCUUCUCUAUCCUUGCUUUCUCUUGAGACCCAAGUUGAAGGACUCUGAGUUCUUGCUUUAUAACUCACAAAUUAUUUUCCAAAGUCAUCAAGUAAACACUCUUUUCCAGGUGCACUGUGUUUUUGUGUUAGUGUGUGUGUGUGUGGUUCUUUUAGUGUUUUAUAUAAGAUGGCAUUUAAUUAACUGUGAUUUAAGAUACUUUUCUUGAUUUGUGCAGAGCUAUUAUGGGUAACUGCUGCAAAUCUUGUGCUAGAGAGGUGGACAGUGAGAGGCAAGCAAGCACGUCUGUUUAUAUGCAUGCCAGGAAUGAUGAAAGGGGAGAGGCUCAGUGCGCUUUCCGCGAGCUCCAUCCGGGCUCUGGAGGAGUUCUAACAGGCGGUGAAGCCGAGCUGGUUGCGGCAGGGUGGCCUUCAUGGAUGGUUUGAGAUGUUGGUGGAGCUUUCAGGGGAUGGGUGCCUAGAAAAGAGCAUUCUUUUCACAUUAUAGAGAAAAUUGGUGAAGGGGCAUACAGCACAGUCUACCGGGCUCUUGGUAUAGAGCAAAGGAAGAUUGUCGCCUUGAAGAAAAUAAAAUUUACUCCCUCCGUCCCAUCAGUGAACGUAAACAUCCUGAUGGGACGGAGGGAGUAACAAUCUAGAGGCUGGAAAUAUCCGCUUCAUGGCAAGGGAGAUCAACAUCUUACGUAGGCUAAACCAUCUGAACAUAAUUAAAUUGGAAGGUUUAGUUGCGUCAGAGAGGUCAGCAAUUUCUUCCUUGUUCUUAAGUAUAUGGAACACGAUCUUGCAGGACUUGCUUCCUGGCCUGGUCUAAAGUUGACAGAGCCUCAGAUCAAAUGUUACAUAAAGCAACUGUUAUGCGGCCUUCACUAUUGUCAUAGUCAGGGCAUAUUGCAUGGGGAUAUUAAAGGUUCCAACCUUUUGCUAGACCACAAUGGACAAUUAAAGAUAGCAGACUUUGGUUUAGCAAACUAUUACGAUCCAGAGCAAUUUCGCCCACUUACAAAUCGUGUAGUUACCAUUUGGUAUCGCCCACCUGAGCUCUUGCUUGGUGCCAAUUCUUAUGGCACUGCUAGGAUGAGGAUGCAUUCUUUGCCGACUACGCAGUGUCUCACAUGAAGCUCUCUGAACUGGGGUAAACACAAAAUUCUCACUGAAGUAAUAUUGUCAUUGACUCAUCCAUCUGACAUGGCAACCACUUCAGAAACCCCAGCUCAGCCUUCUUCCCAAUGGACGGUUCCCAGAAAAGGCGUGGCAACCGGUGCUGUGCCUGACUAAAGAGGUUGCGUAGGAGCGCAGGAUGUUGAAGUGACUGGGAAUGCUGCUUGUCGGGACCCAGAAGUGCAAGACUUUUGACGAGAACUUUCUGAGAAAGGACACAUCAAGUCUCUACAAGUUGAUAAUGCCACGCACUACUUGCAAUUGAGACUAUUGUAUAAAAAAUCAUGUUCUGCUAUUGCGCGAAAGAUUGAUGAUGAAUCUCCCGAGGAGAUAUGCCGUUUAUUAAAUAUUCCCGAUGUUUUGACAGAGAUAUGUCGUUUAUUUAAUAUUCCCGAUGUUUUGACAGAGGUUUUAUUCUGGCCAAUACGCUUGAUCUCUAUAAUCACUUAGGUUUACAAAGUUAAUUGGCACAUGCCGAAAAGUUGGAGCCUUGGAACAACGCACCUGAUGAUGUUUUAGUAUAGAGAAAGAUUAGUUUAAACAUUUUUGUAUCAGUAGUUUACUCAUACUAUGUCUAGACCACGAAAAUCUCAUAAGAGUUGAUGUAAAUUCUCGAUAUGAAUAUUGUAUAUCUAAGUUUGAAAUGUUUUUGACAAAAAACUUGUAACAAUAGCAUGUCUUUAUA